CAUGCCAUCAGACGGAAUGGCAACCUGUCAUGCCAGACGGCUUCAGAUGCUUAGAGGAUUCCUGCUGAAGCAGGUGCCCAGCUGGCGAAGUGUGUGUGUCCUCUGUUGCCUGUACUGCAUCCUGAUCCUGCCAGACGCCGGCGAGGCUGCCAAAGCACGCUGUGGACGAGAACUAGUUGCUGACCUGGAGUUUGUGUGUGGGGACCGUGGCUUUUACAGAGGCAAACCUGGAGCAGCCCGCAGCGGCGGUCCUCGCUCUCGUGGGAAAGGGAUCGUAGAGCAGUGUUGUGUGCGUGGAUGUGACCUCCAGCAUCUGGAGUUGUACUGUGCAAAACCCAAGAGGGUGCGGCGUGAUGUCCCUGCGUCUCUGCAACAGACUCUGGAAGAUCAGUUUUGGCUGGUGUUUCAGAGGCAAUACCAGAAGCAAGCAGAGAUGAACAGAGAUGAGGAAGCUACUUCUCAAAGACUCAGAGAGCGAAUGCUUUACCGAUGGCACUCCAGAGGUUCAGUAUUACUAACCAACCAACCCCCCUCAACCCAACAGCAUCUUUCCACUGAGACAGUGACAUCAGGACCAACAUUUACCCACCACAAACGAUAGUCAUGGCUCUUUUUGGAUCUGCGUGGACCCAAUGAAUCACCUUCCUUUUCUAAAAAAAGACUUUUCUGUCCUUGCAGACAUAUAAACUGAGAACUAUGUGAGAGAAAGUAUAGAGGACAAACUGCCAAAGCCACUCAUGCCAUGAAAGUGAAGAGCAGGGUGUUUGUGAUCGCUCAUGGCUUGUAUUAAUUUCACUAAACACAUGCUGAAUUCAAUAUGAAUUGUAUUUUUCCAUUUUAAUUUUGUUUUCAGCUUCCCCCCAAGCAUUGACUUCAGUUCUCCGAUGCAUUUGAAUAAACAAGUUCAAAGUCAUUUAAGGACAAAAGUUGAAAGUGUUUAGAUGCUAUACUGCUAUAUGCUACACUGAUG